AUGGCCGCAGGGGGAGCGGACCCAGCGUCCGCCUGCCCCGCCCCUGUCGUCGCGGCCGUCAGUCAUUUUGGGGCGACCCCGGACCGCGUCUGUGAGAGGGACAGCGGAUGGACAGGUGGAUGGGCGGAGCCCUUGCUGCGGGGCCGCAGGCUCCAGACCCUGGGUCUUAAUCCCUCCCUGCUUCUCAGGUCUGCUACCGCUGCCACUGCCCCCACUGCCGUCCCGGCUGGGGAUGGUGGCCCCCCUGCACCCCCUCCAAACCUCACCAGUAACAGGAGACUGCAGCAGACCCAAGCCCAGGUGGAUGAGGUGGUGGACAUCAUGAGGGUGAACGUGGACAAGGUCCUGGAGCGGGACCAGAAACUAUCGGAGCUGGAUGACCGCGCGGAUGCACUCCAGGCGGGGGCCUCCCAGUUUGAAACAAGUGCAGCCAAGCUCAAGCGCAAAUACUGGUGGAAAAACCUCAAGAUGAUGAUCAUCUUGGGAGUGAUUUGCGCCAUCGUCCUUAUCAUCAUCAUCGUUUACUUCAGCACUUAAAUCCCCGAGGAGUCUGCCCUGCCUAGAGAAGGGCCUCUCCCCCACCCCCAGCCGUUCCUCCACCUCUCAGCCAUAUCUUUCAGCCCCUCCCCCCUGGAUCCGUAUGUGUGUGUGUGUCCCUGUGUGUGUGCCCCUUUGUAAAUAGCCAGCUGUUAUUUAUACAUAUAUAAUAUUAUAUAUAUUUGGUCUGUUUGUAGUUUUAUUACUAGGAGAUUUUUCCGGUUGUCCUUAACAUCCCUUCCUGAGGUUCCCAUCACCUCCUCUCUUUCCCUCCUUCCCUUUCCCUGUCUUCCCAACCAGUCCCAAGUCCCUUCAUUUGCAUCUGCUAUGCAAUAGUCCCUCUCCUCUCCUCCUCCUCCUUCCCUUGGAUUUAGCCGAUCCUCCCUCCCAUCCUGGCCUUCCUCUCCCCACCCUCCAUAAGCUCCACUCUCCCCUACCCCCACCACCCCAAAAAACGAAAAGCGCCUGUCCAGGCCUCCUUAGGUGCAUCUUCUUUGCAUCCAUUGGGAGUCUCUGAGACUGGCCUCACUUCGUCCUAAGAAUCCCAAGGUCUUCUGGGAGCUUCCAGCAUGCUAAUUAGCAUAUCAUUUGCAUAUCAGCAUCCCUUUUGGUUUCCUUCUUUUUUCCCCAUCACUCUUCUCUCAACCUGUGUUUCUUUUUUACUGAGGAGUUAGUUCCCAUUGGUCCUUGUAUCACACUUUCAUUUGCACGACAUUACUUGCAGGUGGUGGGGAGACUGGGCUCUUGGGGAAUCAGGCUGCUCUGACCCCCAGAAUUGCCCCCUCCUAGCCCCUCUAGUCCAGUUUGCCUCCCAUGUCUCCAUUUUCCAAACCCCUUGUACCUUCCUUUCCCUCCCCUCAGCUGGUGUGUAAGUGUCUUGGAGUUAAGUGUGUUUUGAUGGACCAAUAAUUCUUCCACUCGGGUCUCUCCCCACAUUCCCGCUCCCCAGUUUUCAUGUGGGGCACUCAACUGACAUUUCCAUGGGAUCUCCCUCCCUCCCAUCUGCCUGAUCUGCUGCCUCCUCCCACGAGGAGAGUUGGGGGUUGGCCACAAUCUGAUCUCUUUUGGGAGGGGUGGCUGCCAGUGUGAGGGGGGUCAUCACUGCCUUGGGGAGGAGUGGGGCAAAGCAGAGAAUCCCCCCAAUUCCUGCCUGAAAUCUCUGGCCUCACACCCACUAAGGGUUGGACUGAAAACCCUCUUCCCCUAUUUGGGGGGUGUUGCCCCCAUCACUGCCCAGCUCCUCUGACUGCUCCCCCCUGAAUUCAGGGUGGGGGUACUAGUCACUGCCAAUGUGUGUGUGGGACUUGCUGGGAGACGGGGGUCCUUGGCCCUCUCCAGGGCUGUUGAGCCCAAAGAGAGAGCUGUCCCCUCAUUGGGUGAAGUGAUAGAGGAAGGGUCUAAUAUCUUUUUAAAUGGCACAAUUUUAAGGGUCUGAGGGUGCAGUCCCUUAACCUGCCACUGGAGGGGGGCCCCUCAAACUCUUUCUUCCCCCCACACUUGAGGUGUUCUGUGUGGAGGGGGAGCAGGGAGAUCUAAACUGUGGUGUGAAAGGGUAGGAGAGAUGCUGGGGGUGGGGGUGCUGUGUUUUAGACCCCCUAUAUUAUCCCAGUGUCCCCUGCCCCCCUUCUUCCCCCACCCCAUGCCCCCGAUUCUGUGGCGCAUCCAGAUUGUGAAAAUGUACAAUAAAUGUGUAAUGAGUAACCA